AUGGAGUGUUUCCGCUGGCUGUGGGCGGAACCCGAGGUCUGCUGCCCGUUUGGCGCAGCCUUUGCAAGGAUCCUGGCUGAGGUCAAGGAAGCAUCCAGCGAGGAUGGGCCUUCACUGCCGGAGGAGGCGAGCAGCAUAGCGGAGGAGGUGGAGGAGGACAAAUCCAUGACGGCGCUCCAGGAUCUACCCAUCGGGCUUCUGAUAGAGAUCCGCCACUUCAUCACAGUCAGCCAAGGCUUUUCAGACCUUGGCAAGGUCAGUUCCACGAUGAUGGAGGUAGAAGGUCCAUUCAACCUUGAGGACGAGAUCCCAGCAGAGAAGGCAGAAGCUUCCUUCAAUUUCGAGGACGAGAUCCCAGAGGAGAAGGUGGUGCGCAGUGCUCCGCGCCGGUUCCUCAGCACACGCAGGGCGCCAGCCACCCCAGUCUUCUUGAACGUCUACGACGUUGCGGCCGACGCACAAUGGCUCAACGGCUUGUUUGCCAACUUCUACUCACCGGUGAGGUUCGGCGGCGCCUUCCACGUGGGGCUACAAGUAGGCAGUGAGGAGUGGGCGUUUGGCUACACGAAGCACGGGACCGGGGUCUAUCGGACUAUGCCACGCUCUUUGCCGCACUUCCGGGAAAGCGUGGAGCUGCGCCUGUGCUGGAUGCGAUGGCAGGGGGUUUCAGUUUUUUUGAGCUCGCAGGCGUGA